CCCCUCCCAAAACAUAAUCAGCCCUUUCAUUGACCUGGCUUCUGAUUGGAGCCAGGUUGCAUUGGAUAAUGACCUUCAAGACCACUCUGUUGGUUACAGUCUGUUCAUAUUAUUCUUACCACAGCUUAAGACGCCUGCAGUGGAGUGUAAAGAAAAGUAAAAGACAAGUAUUUUCACAUCCCCAGGUACUAGAAACACAGAAGACUGACAGCCCCAGCUACCUGAGCGGUCCCCGGGCUGACGUCUGCCCAUGUGUCCCUUUUGGAAAGGUGGCUACCAAGAUGAGGGAUCUUCUUCAGUACACUGGCUGCUUCUUUGCCUUUUUCUCUGCUGGAUUUUUGAUUGUGGCCACCUGGACUGAUUGUUGGAUGGUGAAUGCAGAUGACUCCUUGGAGGUGAGCACAAAAUGCCGUGGCCUCUGGUGGGAGUGUGUCACAAAUGCUUUUGAUGGGAUUCGCACCUGUGAUGAGUACGAUUCUAUACUUGCUGAACACCCCUUGAAGCUGGUGGUAACACGAGCGCUAAUGAUUACUGCAGAUAUUCUAGCUACGUUUGGAUUCAUCACUCUGCUCCUUGGUCUUGACUGUGUGAAAUUCCUCCCUGAUGAGCCCUACGUCAAAGUCCGCAUCUGCUUUGUCGCUGGAACCACAUUACUUAUAGCAGGUGCCCCAGGAAUCAUUGGCUCUGUGUGGUAUGCUGUUGAUGUUUAUGUGGAACGUUCUUCUCUGGUUUUGCACAACAUAUUCCUGGGCAUCCAAUAUAAAUUUGGUUGGUCCUGUUGGCUUGGAAUGGCUGGGUCUCUGGGUUGUUUUUUGGCUGGAACUGUUCUCACUUGCUGCUUAUACAUCUUUAAAGACGUCGGACCUGAGAGGAACUAUCCUUACUCCAUGAGAAAAGCUUAUUCAGCUGCUGGUGUUUCCAUGGCCAAGUCAUAUGUAGCCCCUCGGACAGAGACUGCCAAGAUGUAUGCUGUGGACACAAGGGUGUAAAGUGUCACAUACCAGCCUUUGUUUAUCUAUUAUUUAAU